UCAGCUGAUGAGCUUCAGGAAAAAUCGCUUUGUUUUGUCGUCCUUGUGGUGCAAUUGUACGGUAAUUGUUGUCUGCCUGAACUAUAUCUGCACAGUGAAAACGCACUUAUUUACUGGAAGAAUAGUUUUGCGAAAAAAUGAGUGGAUUAGCAAAGUUAUUUGGAGGAGGUAAAAGUAAACAGCCAACACGAGAGGAAGCGAUCCAGAAAUUGAAAGAAACACAGGAAAUGCUUGAGAAAAAAUCAGAAUACUUGGAGAAAAAGAUUCAAGAUGAACUUGCUACCGCCAAAAGACAUGGCACUAAAAAUAAAAAGCUAGCCUUAACAGCACUUAAAAGAAAGAAGAGAUUUGAAAAACAACUUGGUCAGGUCGAUGGGACUUUAUCAAAUAUUGAGUUUCAAGUGGAAGCGUUGCAGGAUGCACAAGCAAAUGCACAAACUUUCAAAAACAUGCAAUAUGGCGCAAAAGCAUUGAAACAGGUUCAUGGAAACAUGUCAGCAGAUGAUGUUCAUGAGGUUAUGGAUGACAUUGAAGAGCAACAACAAGUUGCUCAAGAAAUAAGUGACGCAUUGUCAGGUCCUGUAGGAUUUGGCACAGACAUUGAUGAAGAUGAUCUAAUGGCUGAACUUGAGGAAUUAGAGCAGGAAGAUCUAGACAGAGAAUUGCUGAAUGUGGGUGCAGCAACAAAUGAACUUCCUGAUGUCCCAGUAUCGGAUCUACCUACUCCAGUGGCAAAAGUGAAAGAUGAUGAAGCAGAACUCAGGCAGCUUGAAAAUUGGAUGGCAAGCUGAAUAUGAAAAAAAAAAUGUCUGAAUGAUAUGACAAUGUUUCAGUAUGCUUAUUCACUGAAAUGAUCACUUUUGUCAUUUGUCAUUUGCUUGCACUAUCAAGUCAUCUGCUGCAGUUCUUCAGAAUUUUAUUAUUCAACAAUUUCUAGCAUCCAUGUCUACCCAAUUUUAACUGUUUUUUUUUCUUGAUAUUAUUACAGACUAUGGUGAUUUAGCAGAAAAAAUAUGAUGUUUUACAGAAAAAAAUAUUAAUUUUCAUAUGAAUCAGAAAUAAUGAUAUUUAAAAAAGAUGGCUAUAUUCAAAACCAAAUUACUAUCCUUUUAUUCAAUCAAUUUUAAAUAUUUGCAAUCCAGAAUACUAGGUCAUAUAUUAUGUUGACAUCUUAGAUAGAGGCACACUUUUAAUGACAUAUUGGUAAAUCAGCAGAUCCAGUGUGGAUGAAUUAGACGUUUGCUCAUCAUGUGUUUGAUCUGUCAAGAUAUAUUUCUUGCAUGAUGGUAAAGAUAGUACAGAAUUGUACUUUAUAAGCCGGAUCCGUGGAAUUAGAAUAAUAAAUUAUAUGUGACAUAAUUAUACAACCUUUAUAUUUUAUCGGGGAAAAGUUGAUAAUAAUAAUAUACUUACCAGUAGGUUGUAUGAAAAUUCUUAAAUAUUUUGAAACCCUUUUCUACAUUACAGCUUUCACAAAUCCGCAAUUAUGUGUAAAACACCUGGCCUCUGCUUCAGUAACUGAAUAAGUUAUUGACCAAUACUUGUUGUACCAUAUUCUGUAUGUUUUUAUCCAGCAGCUUUAUAACUUCAUACUGUCUUAGAUCAUUACAGAAUUAAUUAAUGCUUAUGUUCUGUAUCAGGAGAAGAAUUGUAUUCUUUUUUUCGAGAAUUUAUGCAUUCAUAUAUUAUUUUUAAUUUCUCACUUUAAAUUUUCAAUAUGUCGCUUUUUUCUAUUUUAUUUCGUUUCAAAAUUUCCAUCUGUUUCUAAAAUAACAUCGAAGGGUUUAAUUGUCAAAAUGAUUUGUAAAAUGGAGAACCUGUCAAACGGUACUCAAAUUUUUUCAUACUAUUCAUGGUGUGUUAUUCAGAGCUUAGGCUUGAAUGUUCGUUAUUACUUGAUUAUAUUUUAAUGAGAUUAAUUUGAAUUUGCAGCUCAGGUAUAUGUUAUAUGUAUAUUUACCUGAGUUGGGAAAUCUUGUUGGGACAUUUUUAUAGUUGUGCGUGUAUUGUUAAAGUGCAUAAUAAUAAUAAUAAUAAAUAAUCAGGAUAUUUUUUUGGAUUGACAUAAUUAGAUAUAUUUUUUUAGUUGGAAUCUGUUUAAAAUGCAAGUAUUUCUAUCACCGUUGUUUUCGUGCAUAGGCGAUUUGGAAAUGCAUGUUUUAAGUUUCAGAUAGUCACUUUUUUAAUGUUGUAAUAUUAUUAUAUUAUUACUCAAAAAUAUGUUAAAUUUUUUUCUUAGAAA